CACAGUGACAGAAAUGCCCUAUGUUAAGCAUUUAGAAUUAUCAAAUAAUUCUUCUUUAGCAAUUCCAGAAUUGGAAGGACUACACGCUGGUGUUACUAAACUCUAUAAGACACAACAACUAAAAGCAUCAUAA